AUGGUGCCGACAUUCUUAGAAGCCACCGCCGUCAGGGCUGUAGAUUCUCAUACAUACUCUGCAAACUUCAAAUCGGAGUGGUGCGUAGGCUCUGUACCCCACGGCGGCGUGGUAACAUCAAUCUUUCUUCGUGUCGCUGCGACUCAUUUUCGCACGACUCUUGCGGCACAGAAUCAGCCGCACACGGUAUCUCUACAUAUCGAGUUUCUACGCCGAACUCAGGAGGGCUCAGCUACUCUGGUAGUCCGUGAUGUUAAGCUCGGCCGCCAGACAUCAACUAUCCAUAUCACUCUGUCGCAGGAGGGUCGCGAGGAGGUCGUAGGAUAUCUUACUCACUCGAACAUGGCUACCGAAACCGGACUGUCCCUCAAGACCUUGUGGUCGUUAUACCCAUCGUCACCGUUGCGCCCGACUAGCUUCCCCGCGCUUCUCGAAAGCGGUAAGGAAGUUAGCUGGGUCGAGCAGACGAAUAAGCCGUUUGCGAAAUUCCGCAAGGUGUCUAACCGCGUACGUACCUUUCUUCCGCGGAACGGUCAGGUGGCACCGGGUCUAAUCGAUCAAUGGAUACGCCUUGAAUCGGGAGAGAGGUUCACAAACGAAAGUCUAGGCUUCGUAGCAGAUCACUUCCCCUCCAUCGUCGAUAGUUUGUGGCGUAGAGAAGAGAGAGGGGGUCGUCCGCCGGCCUUCUGGUAUCCUACCGUAGUCCUUAAUUUAGACGUCAAGAAGGCUUUGCCACCCGAGGGUGUCGAAUGGUUAUUCUCGCGUGUGCGGGCAAAGUGUAUUAAGAAUGGAAGGAUGGAUCUUGAGGUUGUUAUUAUGGAUGAGACCGGAGAAGUUGUGGCGCUAAGUCAUCACGUCGUCUUAAUGGUAAGUGCGGAGAGAAAUAUGGCAGGACGGAGAACAGUAGAACCAAAAAUUUAA